UAACUCUCUUCCAGCGCUGCAAUAAAAAAAGCUCUCUGUGUCUCUAUGUAGCUGCAGAGCGAGUCAGGUGAUUUGAUUUGAGAACUUGAAUUUUUCUGACCGCAUCCUCUGCACCUCUGCAGACUUGUAUCUUCACAACAGUAAGGUAGAGUAAAAGGUGCUUGAGAAUGGGAAGGUAGAUGCCUAGAAGCAUCCUGGAUGUGGUUUUUCUGCAGGUAGAGUUCAAUAACAGAUAGAGAGAGGGAGGUGUUGAAGAGAUGUCUAGCUUUGGGAAACUUACCGAUUACUUUAACCGUCGUGGGAGGAGUGGCUCGCGAAGAAGCGGCAGUUACUGUUGUACUGUCUCGGAAGCCAGGUCAUUGGAAAGAAAGCUGCAGAGACCUCUCCUGGCCAAGUCACGCACUCUUCCCAGCAUUCCCCAGUCCCCCACCUUCUCCAGAGUGCACCACUCCAAUCACCUGAGCAGCAGUCAAGAGCUGGCUCCUUCUCUGAGGUUACCACUGUCCAGCUCCAGCCACCGUAAGGGCUGCACGCUGCCAUCUGCAGGAGAAGUGUGGAGACUAGAGGAUGACGAAGAUGAUGAUGAAGAGCAUUCAAUGGUACAGAGAACCCAUGCCGAGCCUCGUCCACGCUCCCAGUCCCCCUUCUCUCACUUCCGCUCACACGCCUACCUGCGAAAGAGCAUCUCUGUGGAUGACAACCUGGGCAUGGUGGAGUUUGGGACCCCAACCCUUGGAAACAAGGCAGAGAUAGCCAAGGGAAAGCUCAAGAGGAAGUUUAGCUUGGGAUCGGCAGACAGGAAGGAACCUCAACAGAGAAGAUCGGAGACGGGCAUCUCCAAGUUUACCCAGCGCCUGUCUCUGAAAGACAAACACGGCAAAAUAGCAAAGGCAGGAGGAGAGCGAACUUUGGAAGAGAGACCAGCCUUCAGGAAGAGAUCCCAGAGUGUCGAUUGGACCACCUCUCCCAAGAUGACCCAACAGAUGCGAGACCCCCCCCUCGCCCCUUCCAAGAAGGGCUCAGCCCCCUCCUCGCCAAGCGCAGCCCGCCGGCUCUACCGCAACCUGUCAGGGAAGUUCCGUGUGGGUCUCCCCCCCCUCGAUGACAGCCUGCUGCCUGGCCGAGGAGACAAAGAGAGGCUGCGCAAGUCUUGCAUGUUUCAGAGUAAUGAAGCCUUGUUUGAAGCCGUGGAGCACCAGGAGCUAGAUUUGGUGCAGCUGCUGCUGAGUCAGUACAGUCUGGAGGAGCUGGAUCUCAACACUCCUAACAGUGAGGGCCUACUCCCACUGGACAUCGCCAUCAUGACCAACAAUGUGCCCAUGGCUAGGAUACUGCUGCAGGCUGGCGCCAAGGAGAGCCCACAUUUCGUGAGUCUGGAGAGCCGCGCGCUGCACUUGGCUACACUGGUCCGAGAAGCGGAGCAGCGAGUCAGUGACCUCACCGCACGGGUAGUGAAUGAAGCGCCGGGCGAGCGAGACGGCUCGGAGAGAGAGAAGCAGCUGAAGGGCUGGGAGUGGAGGCACCGGCUCUUCAAACGCAUGAAGGCGGGCUUUGAGCAUGCACGUCCCCCAGAGGCCCCCAGCAAUGUCCGUCUAUCUGUCUGCAGCAGCUCCAGUCUGAGGGUCACCUUCCAUGAGCCCCUCAGUGUCAACUCUGCCGUGGUCACCAAGUACCGAGUGGAGUGGAGUUGUUCCCCCUCGUUCUCCCCUCUGCUGGGUGAAGCUACCAUUGAGGACAUGAAAGUUCUGCAGUACACCAUCACAGCGCUGUGCCCGGGUACCCAGUAUUAUGUGCAAGUCUCAGCCUACAAUAUGAAAGGAUGGGGGCCGGCCCAGUCUUCAGUCCCAGUUUGUGCAGCACCCUCCAGCUGGAGGGAGUUUGACGGAAGAGCUCCCAGGCAGAGGGGGCAGAAGGAGGCCCUGGACCAGCUGCUGGGGCAGAUCAAAGAUGCCCACCGACACUGCACCUGUCAUGAGAGUUGCAAAGUUCAGCCGCAUGUCAGAAAGCAUUCCGUAUCCAAGAGUUUACGACAUCUCUUCCAGCCGACCAGCAAGUUUGUGAAAACUCUUAAAAGGGGUUUGUAUUUGACGUCAGUAUUCUACCGAGACGACAACAUCCUGGUAACUCAGGAAGACCAGAUUCCCAUCAUGGAGAUUGAUGACUCCUACUCCACCUCCCUCGUGCAGGACUUCCUGUGGUUCAGCAAGGUGUCCUGUCUGUGGGAGGAUAUCCCGUGGCUGCGGCAGUGCCUCAGCCCCUCCCAGUCUUCCUGUUCCUGCACCCUUCAGACUCGACUCAAGAUGCUUCAGGCUAUCUCCCAGCUUCAGGGCAUGCUGGGAACCCAGGAUCUGGGGAGGGUUUACUUUGAGCCAAUCAAAGACAGGCACGGGAAUGCACUGCUGGUAACGAUACGUGACCUGGGUUCGAGUCAGUCCCUGGAAAACAUGCGAUGGACUCUGCUGAGCAAGCUCCAGAUGCAGCGCAAGUCCAUCUCAUCACCGGAAGAGCCUACUGCCCUGGACAUGCUUCUCGUCACACUGCACGAGAAGCUGGCCUAUCACAGACGCAGCAAGCAGGCCCUGUCUCCUGGCCUCUACCUCGGGUACUUGAAGCUGUGCAGCUCAGUGGAUCAAAUUCGGGUUCUGGUUCCUCAGAAACUCCCCAACAUGCUCUGCCACGUGAAAGUACGACACAACCACAACGUCUCCAGGGAGGAGUGGGAGUGGCUGCAGAACCUGAGCUCCCUGGAUGACUCUGUCCUGGCUGAGCAGAAUGCAGAGAGCCCUCAGAACCUUAUCCUUCAGGACCUGCGAGCAGCAGCCAGAGAGCUUAUGGGACAGAUCAACGUUCCAGUCAAUCAGGCACAGCACUUCCGUAUCUACAGCCAGGAGGUCCUAGAGUUGGGGGAGAAGGUCUCGUUCCUGCUCUUCCUGCCCCCUUCAGAUGACGUGUGCACCGCCCCUGGACAGAACAACCCCUACUCCCCCCGCUCCGGCUUCCUCACCCUACCCCUGCAGAUCUUCGAGCUGGUCCACUUCUACACGUACAGCCAGGCGUUUAUCGGACAGUACUGUCGGGUCUCAGCCCUGCUGGAGCUGGAGUCACUGAUGACCCAGCAAACCCUGCGCGAGGCCUUCUCCGAGUCAGAGCUGCUGGCGGCCAAGCAGAAACAACAGCAGGUCCAGGAGCACAUGCAGCAAAUGGAAGAAGUCUGGAGGGAGAUGCGAUGGAUUAUGGAUGCUCUUCAGUAUGCCAGGUACAAACAGCCAUCUGGAGGGAUCUCGCUGGCCUGGAUAAUUGACUUCUCUCAGGAGGUUGUGAGGGAGAAACCUCGCUCUACCACCUCCUCCCAGCUCGACUACCUCCCCUCUCCCCCCCCCUCCCCAGAGACUGGCCGCAAGCACAACUCAGAUCAGCAUGGCAUCUCAGAUGAAGAAGGUUUCUCUGAAGUCUUCCUGGCUACAGACAGUGAUUACGACUCGAGUCGAGCACAGAGCCCCCGGGACCUAGACCUUAUCUCCUCCUCUCCCUCCUCCUCCUCUAUGGAGCCCGGGUACCCUCGCAUAGGUGGCAGGGGGCUUCGUGACGGUGCUCCUGACGUCUUGCAGGCCCACGAGCUGCAGCCGGCAGACCCUGUAGAGCGUAGACGCCCCCCUGAGCUUUUCGACAGUGAUUUCAUUCUCCCAAGCCGACAGAUCGAGCUCUUGCGCAUCACCGAGAAGAGACAGGCCUUCUGUGUGAGGACCAGCAGUCUGGAAUUCCCCGCCCUCUGCCCCUCCCCUCAACGAAGAUGCCCCCGUCCAUCCUCCGUCGACCGCUGCCCACCCUCCAAGGACCCUCAGCCACCCCUCCCCCUUCUCCACACCCGGGCACGCUCCGAAGAGGGCACCAGUGGCUUCCCUGUGACCUCUGCCAAUGAGGUGCUGCCAGCCAUUGAAGGAAGGAGGCCCAGUCAUGUGAACCUGAGAGUGUAUCCUCAGUACAGGACCGGACUGUCUAAGGAAACCAGCGUGAAGCUUUGCGUCACCCAGAAAACUUGUGUGAGGGAGAUUGUGAGACUUGUUGUCAAGGAGAUGAACGAUGUAUCCAGAAGGCUGCUAGGAAGCCUGGAAGAGGUUGUGUACAGAGAGGAGCAGCUGGAGCACUUUGGGCUGGUGCUGGUGGUGGAGGAGAAGGAGAGGUGGCUGCAAGAUGACUUCCAGCCCCUGGCACUACAAAACCCAUGGACUCGAGGCAGGCUCUGUGUGAGGAUGAAGGAAUACUCCCCUCUCUCCCUGCAGCUCAGUCAAGCAACCACAGUGUGAGGAGCCAUUGAGAACUUCACACAAGCUGGUUUCUGGUUAUGUUUUUUACCUGGGAAGCUUUCUUAUUAAAUGAGAAUUUCACAACAGACCUCUAAGAAUAAUUUCAAAGCAUCCCAGGUUAAUUCAAUUUUUUAUUGUGAAAAUUGCCUUUUUACCAAAGACUUUAAAGUGACUGAAUAUUUAUAGUUAAAAAAAAAAUAAGUUAAAAGUUAUAUUGUUGAUAUCUGUAUUAAAAGAAAAUGGAGCAAUAUUCUUCUUCCAGAUUUUGAGGUAUAUAUGAAGGUGGAAUCUUCCAGAUCAAGACUUUGUCCUUUUUGAAUUUCAAUGUCUGCAGCUGGUAGUAUACAGUGUUUGUAUAGAAGAGUGGUUUUCCAUUGCACACGUUCAUAUUAUUAUUAUUGUUAUUAUUUUCAUUUAUUUUUUAUUCAUAUCUUUAAAAACUUUAGUUUUAGUUGUCUGAUGAAGUGAAAAGCCACAGACUCCCUCUCUCACAAAGCUUUGGGUCUGUCCGUACAAGCUUGGAGGGAGUUAUUUUGUUUAUUUUGUGAUUGGAUUGUGUUAGUACAAUAGAAAUACUGUUAUUAAGUUGCAAUAUAUAAACAUUGGUUCUAUCUACAUGUUUCUGUUUCACAUUGUAUUUUAUAUGUGUUACUUAAAGAAAAAAAAAAAAGCAAUGUUUUUCUUUACUCUCUUUGACAUUGCAAUGACCUGACAUCUCAGCCCAUUGAAUUGAAUGGAAAGAUGAGGGCUGGAUGUGAAACGCAAAGAAUAUGGUUUAAAGACAAAGGUCUUACCAUUCAACUAUGAGCUAAGAGGUAAGUCUUGUGCUGAUGUCAGUGUUAUUAACUUAUCAGCCGCUAGGAGGAAAUUCCAUUACAAUGUGCAUUAAGCAACAAAAAUGAACAAAAAAAGAUAAGGCUGGACCCAACUAGUCCCUACAAGUACAGGUCCCUACUGCAUUCUGGCAUUGCUGAUUCUACAUGGAAACAAAUGUUCUAUAUAAAACUGGUCCUAAGCUAGUCUAUGAAAAGAGAUAAUAGUGCGGAAUACUGUGUUCAGUUCUGCUGCCCACACUACAGGACAUUGUGGCCUUGGACGCAGUCCAACGACUAAUUCCAUGGGCUUAAAGGAAUAAGCUAGGACGAUUGAGGGAACUGAAUUUAUUUAGCUUGGCGCAAAGAACAAUCACUGGGGACUUCAUAGAAGUGUUGUGCCACGUAGGGAGGGCAGGUUUUGCCCUGGCUAUGGGGAUUGCACAGAGAGUGUCACUUUGGCUGUCUGAACAUUGUUUUCCUGCAAUGUAAACAACUAAGACAGUGUUACAUUGGUCUCGUUAUACAUCAGGACAGAGAUACAGUACCACAUGUUAUGAUGCAUUUCAACCUAGUACUGUACUUAGAUAGAAACACCAACAGUACCUCUUGGCUUAAGUUUAGGAAUAACAUUCUGCAUAGUUGUUCAUUGCAAUGGCUUAAAAAGGUUGAUUCAAAUCAUUCAUUGGGUGCUGUGUUUUUGGCUGCUUCAUUGCUGCAUCCCAGUUUCUACUCCACAGGUUAUUGUAGCUGUUAUGGAAUAAAUGUGUGUUUCCUAAUUUGGCACACAUAAAUUAUAGUUUUGGGUCCUAUUUUUUCAUUUUAAUUUUUACUAAUACUUAUCAACAGAUUUAAUAAAAUACACACUAAAAAAGGUUUUAGGAUGAAUUACAGAAGUGUUAUAUUGCUUCUUUGUGAUUACCGGAUUCUGCCGAGUUAGCACCAAGGGGGUGUAAUUAGUGUUGAGCAGUUAAUACAUUUUAAAAACAUAUAAACACAUGAAGUUUACGGUCCACUAAAAUAAAGGGCUAAUAAAUUAACAUCUGUAGUAAUACAAAAAAAUGCAAGCUCUUGCACUGUCCGGAAAUCCCAAAUAUGGAUUGUAGCGUAACAGGAAAGCACAAUCAAUCAGACUCCAGAGUCUGUAUCAUCUGAUUUGAAAUUGCCAAACUCCUGAACUGAAGAUAACGCUAACCCUGAAUCAUCCAAUGCACAGAGCAACUACAGUACUUUCUGUUCAUGUGAGCCGUGAUAUUAUUGCACAUUGUUAUUAAAAACCAGAAAUAAAUAGUGAAAAUGUCACUUUCAGCUAAAGUUGGAGUGGGGCGAUUGUUCAAACCAGGACGGCAAAAUACAGUAUAUGGGGGAAAAUCUGCAGAUAAUUACCACUACAAUAUAGGAUAACACAUGUUGCAAUAUACUAGCAUGUAUAAGUAGAAUAAUGUAUGGGUCAGAAUAUAUUUCCACACAAUAAUAUGUGUCGAGUUUUGUGGUGCAGCCACAGUACAGCAAUAUCACACUACUGGUGUACUGUAUUGAAAGUCAAAUAAAUUGAUGAAAGUUUCAUGUGUGUGUUUUUUUAAAUCAAAUGAAUGGGCCUGAAGAUUUACUGACUAAGACUUGACAUUCUAACUCGUUGAUUGGGAUUUCCAGAGUGAAAAACUCUUUGUUUUUUCUUCAAUUCAUUGAAGCUGUAGCAACUUUGAAGCAGUUAAGUAUAUCAUAACAGAAGAAUAAUUUAAAAGUUAAAUAUUGUGUGUGUAUAAAUAUAUACAGUAGUCUCUGGCUAAGAGA